AUGUAUCCAAUUGCCCAGAUUGUGCAAAGGUUUCUACAGAGAUAUCUCAAGCCCGUGGGCCAACCGGCUGAAUCGAUUCGCAACGAUGCAGAUGGGCAGGAACCCCAAAACAGGAAGCCACCAGCCUGCUGUACCUUGGAGACACCCCUGCACCCAUUCGAAAAUUUGCCUCCUACCUAUGAUCCCUCAACUUGGUGGUUGGAUGGCCAGAUUCCUGCAUACCCCCAUUUCCAGGAUGGGGAGAGCAUUCGAUUUCAUGUGAAGGCCAUCAAGCGUGUCCUCCUUCAGAAUAUUCUGGAAGGAUGCAAACUCCUUUUGGAGGGAACAGACAAUCAUUCCCUUCUACCCUCAAUAACCCAACACGAACUGCUUUGGAAAGCAGCAAUUUCAGCCCACAAAUAUGGGGUUUUGUAUCUAGCCGCUCGCUCAGAGUGCCGGGAAGAAUUCCUACCAGCGAUAGAAUCCAACCAACAACUUUUCACAGAAAUCAACAUCUUUCUCUCCUGCAACGACAACGCCAUCCGUGCUAUCAACUAUGGCGUUCAUCGACUGGUCAACAGUUCAACCUUCACCGUGGACUACCAAACAAGACUCAUUCCUCCAACGGCCAUAUCAGCAAUUGGCGUAAGCCACAUUGCAGUCCGGGCACAAGAUUUCAAAGGAGAUAGUGUCCGCAUGCUAGACAACCCGUCUGCUAUUUGGGAUCUACACGAUUUCGCCCAUCUUUCCGCUGCCUCGGUUUGCCCCGACCUAUACGGCUCGAAAUACUUCACCCAUCUCAUUAAGCUCCCGUCCGAGCUGACAGCCUUAAUCCGCAGCCCGAAAAUGCACACCGCAGACCCUACACCUCGGUAUUCGGAUGGAGUUCUCUUCAGCGAGCUUCUCACCGUCCUCUUCACAGGCGGUGCAAAGGCGGAGAGGGUGCAUACUUAUGCAUCCCUCACCGAUACUUUGGCCGAAUACGUUGCAGAUUAUCUCAUGGGAAGACGUGAGCUGCAACAUCUGACCACUCGUGAAAUGCUGAGCGUGAAAACCCCCAUACGCGCCGUGGAGUUGGCGACUCUAGCGCAGAACAAAGCUUACGAACUGACGGCUAGCGAGAUCGAACAACGGGUGUUCACGAGAGGGGGUCCUGCUGGGGACUCUAGGGAUCAGCUCGACAGGCUUUCCGCGUUUGAAAGAGUCAAGUUCCUUGCGGGUUGUCGGAGAUGGUUAUAUUUUGAAAUGAGAAAUACUGUCAAGCACCGCGCCCACAGACUCGCUUAUCAGAAAGUGGCUGAGCGCGUGCUUGCACCGGAAAAUGGGGUCUUGAUUACAAGCAAUGAUCGUGUGCUGUUGUCUGGAAUCCUAAAAGGCAUCCACUAUGAAGACUGUGAGAGCGAUAGGGGGGUAAAUCUUUGGCAGAUGAUCAAGGACCUUGAAGCUGGUAUUGAUACACACAGCUAG